AUGCUGCCACAAAUAGCCUUCUUGCUGCUAAUGUCCUUGAAUCUGGUUCAUGGGUUUUAUGCCGAACGAUACCAAACACCUACCGGCAUAAAAGGCCCCCAGUCUAACACCAAGACACAGUUCUUCAUUCCCUAUGCCAUCAAGAGCAAAGGAAUACCAGUAAGGGGAGAGCAAGGCCUCCCUGGUCCACCAGGCCCCGCUGGACCUCGAGGGCACCCAGGUCCUUCUGGACCACCAGGAAAACCAGGCUACGGAAGCCCUGGACUUCAAGGGGAACCCGGGUUGCCAGGACCACCAGGGCCAUCAGCCACUGGGAAGCCAGGUUUGCCAGGAAUCCCAGGAAAAUCAGGGGAGAGAGGACCAUAUGGACCCAAAGGAGAUAUUGGACCAGCUGGCUUACCAGGACCCCGGGGCCCGCCAGGGCCUCCUGGAAUCCCAGGCCCAGCUGGACUUUCAGUGUCAGGAAAACCUGGGCAACAGGGACCUGCAGGGGUCCCAGGACCUAGGGGCUUUCCUGGAGAAAAGGGGACACCGGGCGUUCCUGGUGUGAGUGGACAGAAAGGGGAACCGGGAUAUAGUGCUCCUGGCCGCCCAGGUGAGAGAGGCCUUCCAGGCCCUCAGGGCCCCAUGGGGCCACCUGGCACUCCUGGAGUGGGGAAAAGAGGUGAGAAUGGGUUCCCAGGCCAGCCAGGCAUCAAAGGUGAUCGAGGUUUCCCAGGAGAACGUGGACCUCCUGGCCUCCCUGGUCCCCGAGGCCCCCCUGGGGAACAAGGACCAGAAGGUAUCGGGAAGCCGGGAGCAGUGGGGACCCCUGGCCAGCCAGGAAUUCCAGGUACAAAAGGAUUCCCUGGGGCUCCAGGACCAGCGGGGCCCCCAGGGGCACCUGGCUUUGGGAAACCAGGUUUGCCAGGCCUGAAGGGGCAAAGAGGACCUGCUGGCCUUCCCGGGGGCCUGGGUGCCAAAGGGGAGCAAGGGCCAGCAGGUCAUCCUGGGGAACCCGGUCUGCCUGGACCCCCUGGAAGCACGGGACCCCAAGGACCGAAAGGCAUCCCAGGCAGCCACGGUCUCCCAGGCCCCAAAGGCGAGGCAGGGCUGGUUGGGCCUGCAGGACACCCUGGGGCUAAGGGUGAGAGGGGCUCUCCAGGGUUGGAUGGAAAGCCAGGGUACCCAGGAGAACCAGGCCUCAGGGGUCCCAAGGGUAGCCCGGGGUUGCCAGGCCCAAAAGGUGACCCUGGCGUUGCAGGGCCACCUGGUCUCUCAGGUCCCAUGGGCCCAGCAGGGGCCAAGGGGGUGCCUGGACACAGUGGUGAGGCUGGCCCAAGAGGUGCCCCUGGAAUUCCAGGCACCAGAGGCCCCAUUGGGCCACCAGGCAUCCCUGGAUUCCCAGGAUCUAAGGGGGACCCAGGAACCCCAGGUCCUCCUGGCCCAGCCGGCAUAGCAACAAAGGGCCUCAGUGGACCCACAGGGCCACCAGGGCCUCCAGGUCCAAGAGGCCAUGCUGGAGAGCCCGGCCUCCCAGGGCCCCCCGGUCUCCCUGGCCCUCCAGGGCAGGCGGUCCUACCAGAGGGUUUCAUAAAGGCGGGCCAGAGGCCCCUUGUGAGUGCCAAUCAAGGUGUGACAGGCAUGCCUGUGUCUGCCUUCACCGUCAUCCUCUCCAAAGCUUACCCAGCCAUAGGGGCCCCCAUCCCAUUCGACAAGAUUCUAUACAACAGGCAGCAGCACUACGACCCGAGGACUGGGAUCUUCACCUGCAGGGUGCCUGGAAUCUACUACUUCUCUUAUCAUGUGCAUGUGAAGGGGACUCAUGCAUGGGUGGGCCUGUAUAAGAAUGGCACCCCAGUGAUGUACACCUACGACGAGUACUCCAAGGGCUACCUGGACCAGGCGUCUGGCAGUGCCAUCAUCGACCUCGCGGAAAGCGACCAGGUGUGGCUACAGCUGCCCAAUGCAGAGUCCAAUGGCCUGUACUCCUCCGAGUAUGUCCACUCCUCCUUCUCUGGGUUCCUGGUGGCUCCCAUGUGA